GAAGAGCUGGGUCGCAGCGGCAUCCAUCAGGCAAAUACCGAAUGUUUCUCUCUCUUUGUUGCACAAGAAGUCUGAGCUUCGGCGAACCAACACUCUGGAAUAUCAUCUUUCAACUACUCCGUCAGGGAGUGUGAUUUACCUGUGGAAUUAAUCCACUCGGUCACAUCUGAAGCUUUCCUCCAAUGACAUUAUCGGAAACGCAGCGCUACCCAAGUUACUGGUCCACUUGUGGGAACAGCGACUCUCCGCACUGGGAGAAAGAAGUGCUAACCGCGUCUUCUCCUAGCAUGACUGAACAGAAAAAAUGUGGAUCACGUUUGCCCCGCUCAUCUGACGGCUUCAAACAGACUCAACUCAACUUUUCUCCUACGGUCGAAGAGCGCCAUAAUAAAUCGACAACAUCCCACAGUGGUACUGUCGACUUCCUGUCCGAAAGCAAUAAAGUCACAAAAUUUGAUGAGGUCCCAGCAGCUUCUUUUCAAACCAAACUAGACGACAACAUUCAGGUAGUGGCUAAACUGGGUGAAGCUGUCACUUCCACAACCAAAUCCUCCCGUGGUCGAAAAAAGACGACUGAACUGGCAAACCUGGAAGGCAUUUCGAUAAAACCCGUUCAGAAGACUACUCGAUAUCAAAGUGCAGACACAAGACCGAAGACUAAUGCCACUGCUCGUCAAAAACUUUCCAACAAAGCCGCUUCAGUUAGCCCAAAGAAAGAAAGGCGGGUAGAAGACGGACAGUGUGUAGUCGAUUCAGAUGCCUCCCGGAGAAAGAAGCACCAAACACAGCUCACCGCCUAUGGCAUCCGACGUACUGCCCGUCAAUUUAUGAAGGAUAAAGAGCGGGAACGCGAGGCCAGCGUGUUCCGUCUACUGCAUAAUCAAGUUGAAACGGGGAUGAAGGUAAUUGUGACAGAAGAUAAGGGCAGAGGCGUUGUUGCUACUCGUGUAUUUGAAAACGGCGAAUUCGUGGUCGAGUACGCUGGGGAUUUAAUCACCGAAAGGAUGGCGAAAGAACGGGAAAAGGAGUAUAAACGGGAUCCUUCGAUUGGUUCUUAUAUGUUCUAUUUCGUUCACAGUGGCCAAAAGUGGUGUGUUGAUGCAACCAAAGAAACCCCACGUUUCGGUCGGUUGAUCAAUCACAGUCGUCUACACCCUAACUGCGUGGUCAAAGUGAUCCCCCUAGACGGAGUUCCCAGACUCGUCUUGUUUGCAAAACAGGUCAUCAAUCCCGGUGAGGAACUCCUGUAUGACUAUGGAGACAGGGACAAGGAAUCUUUGGAGGCCCAUCCGUGGCUCAAGUUUUGAUUUUAUCUUCUAGUUUCACAAUGUUUUUCUCUAUCUGACUCCCAGAUGCAUCAUCAAAGUUAUUAAUUAUUCGUUGUGUUUCUUUGCGUUUUUCCGUUUGCCAUUGACCGUGUUUGUUAAUGCAUCCUUAUAUGUGUGUUGCAUUUUUAGGAUUUUUCUACUUCCAGAUUUUGUUAGAUAAUACUUCCUUGCCUUCCUUCACCGCCUUCGCCUGGUGUUGGGCACUGACAUUAACACGAAUCUCUGGCCAGGUACUCGUUUUUCCAAGUGGCACUUUUCAUCACCUUUUAUCUUUAGAUUUUCCUAUCAAAUUUCAUCUCAACAUCGUCCACACUCUGUCCCUUAGGUCUUUUUCCAAUGCAUGCCUUUCUCCAUGUUCAUAUGUGGUGACUUAGGCCGAUAUUUGUUUUGGUUUCCCCCAGUCGUUCUCCACGACUUGCACAUGUACCUCCGUGACCAAGUUGUCUUUUCUUGCCUUCACUCCAUGCUCAUCUCAUCUUCUUUAAUUUGACUCAAUCUGGCUCGGUACUAUGCUUUCACCCACCCACCCAACGGACACGAUUCGAGCCCCUCUCUGAAACACUCCCCUUAGUGUGAUCAAACUAUCAUCAUUUGUAAAAACGCUGCUUGUAUCUCAAAUCACCAGAGUGUAUUCCUGUUGUAUAAACGUUCAUUUUCGUGUUAGGAUCUUCUUUGCUUUGAAUUGCAUUACAAGCUAUGUUUUUAUUGUUGAAUGGUUUCGGUUGAUCAGGGCGCUACAUCCUUAUUUGUUGUUCCGCUCCUUCGAUCUAAGCACCAUACUGGCCUGUUACGUAACCAGUUACGUAUACAUAGUGGCUUUUUGGGUG